CAUACGGUUCAAAUCGAACAGAAAAGUGAAUACUUCUUUUGAAAUACAGAAUGAAUAACUCACGACUCAACAUCACACUCGUUCUGGUUGCAUUUUGUACAUUCGCAUUCAUUCUGGAGGUGAAGUCUAACCCAACGAUGGACCUCUUUGGUGGUUACGAAGUUGUCUCGGUUUGUAUGACCAACUGCGCUCAAUGUAAGCGGAUGUAUGGUGCGUUCUUCGAAGGACAACUGUGCGCGGAGGCGUGUCUUGAGUUCAAAGGAAAAAUUAUACCGGACUGUGAGGAUGUUGGGUCGAUAGGCGGAUUUCUGAAUCGUGGAGAGCUCAAAAAGUUCGCGUGA